GGUUUUGGCGCGAAAGAUUGGUUCCUUCUUCUCUCUCGGCAUCUUUCAGGAGUCAUCAUCACUCAUCAGACAUAGCGCGAGGAGGGUUUAAUCUUUGCAACAUAAUCAAUGUCAGAAGACAUUCUUGAAAUCCAAACUCUAAUUUCUUCAGAUGAAAACUCCAACAAAUGUUCCGGUUACUCCAUACUUCUUCAAUUCCAACAACAUUCUUGUCUCCACCCUUCUUCCCUUCAAUCCCUUGCACAGUCCUCCAAUUGCAUUAUUUCUUCCACCAUUUCCGAUAUCUCGCACCACGAUGAAGAAAUAGCUGCACAAGCUUUGAAGUGUUUGGGAUUCAUGAUUUACCAUCCAUCCAUUGUUUCCACGCUUCGAGUGGAUGAUGUCGAUUUGGUCUUGGAUUCAUUAUCCAAACUUAUCACGACCACAAAAUUGAAGACUGUUUGUAAUUUAGGGGUGUGGUGCUUAUCUGUCCAACAGUUGGGUACAUCAUUUCUUGUUACUCACUUCAAUUCGUUGUUAAGGGCGAUCGUUCAUGCACUAGACAAUCCAAUGGGUUCUUUGUCAACAACAUUUGAAGCUACUCAGGCUAUAAUGAAGCUAUCUGGUCAAUUAAAUGAGCAAAUGAGAGACUCGUCGCAUAUCUGGGCUCCUCCAAUAUACAGGAGACUUCUCAGCACAGACAAGAGAGAGAAAGAUUCCUCAGAAAGGUGCUUGUUGAAGAUCAGCUCCACAGUUAUCCCUCCUUCAUUGGAUCUCUCCAAGGUUCUUGUCAAAGAUUUGAAGAUAAAAUUGCUCAAUGGGAUGAAGGACUUGCUAGAUAACGGUAUGAAGAUUCAAGCUAUUCAAGCAUGGGGUUGGUUUAUUCGAGUGCUCGGAUCCCAUGCUUUGAAGAAUAAGCAUUUAGUUAAUGAUAUGCUGAAAAUUCCUGAGGGUACAUUUACAGAUCCUGAUCCUCAAGUUCAGAUUGCCACACAGGUUGCCUGGGAAGGUCUUAUUGAUGCCCUUGUUUACCAUUCAAUAUUUGCUUCAGAGAAAAAGACACCAGCUAAGGAUACUUCUCUUCAGAAACAUAAUUCAUUUGGUAGGAGCAAUUGUGAGGAUCAAGUAAAUGGGAUUUACAAAAGCAUAAAGCUUAUAAUGACUCCACUGAUUGGCAUCAUGUCUAGUAAAUGUGAUAUGUCCGUCCAUUCAUCCUGCAUGAACACGUGGUGUUAUUUGCUACAUAAGCUUGAUACCUCUGUCAAUGAAUCAGCAUUGACAAAAAUGGUUUUAGAGCCUAUUCUUAAAGCAAUAUUUCAGAAAGGACCUGAUAGCAAGACCAUCUGGUUAUGGAACCUGGGCCUUGAUCUGCUCAGUGAUAGUGUUUCACAGAAGUGCAGGGAUGUAAACUGCGUAGGAAUUGGACUUUCUUCAUCUGGCAAAAGCUCUUGGAAGCAACACCCAAUUAGAUGGCUUCCAUGGGAUAUCAGUCGAUUGGACUUUUAUCUUAGUAUCAUUUUUGUUCUCAUUCGUCAAGCAUCAGGGACAACAGUCACUUGUGAUCACCGAAGUCAUGUCUAUGAUGCUGCCUUAAGGUUAUUUAUAUAUAUUUUGAAAGGAGUCAAACUGGAGAUGGAAAGUCCAUCUACCAAUUAUGAUGGUAUUAUAUGUUGCUUGAACACAUUACUGACAUUUAUGAAAAAAGUAUGUGAAGAUUUAUACUCAGAUGGCAGUGAAAACUAUGAUGUGUAUUAUACUUCCCUUAAGUUCAUAGAUGCUAUCACAAAGGAGUUAGGUUUUUCUAUCUUGGGAUCUCCUCUGUACAAGUUUUCUUUAGACCUAAAGUAUAUCAAUGGCAUGAAAUCAGGUGAUCAUAACAAAAACCAAAAAUUUCUUACUGUCAACUGUAUUUCUUAUAUGGACAAGGUUUCUCCACUGGUUUAUUUGAUAGUGCUUUACUUCCGAACGGUGGUUCAGUUAACAUUAAAGUCCCAGCAAUCAGACCGCAUUUCACAAGAGAUGUCUGAAUAUUUUACAUUAAUUUUUUCUGUAAGUGAUCCGCUGGACAAUCUCCUCACCUGUAUUGGCCUCUUGUACAAACAUAUCGAACCAAUUUACUUAAUUAUAUGGAUAGCAGUGGCUCAAGGUCUGAAUUCCUGUGUAUAUGACGCAACCUGGAAGUCACUAAAGGAAUCCUUGUCUGACAGCAUUGGAUAUUCUUCCAUAUGCCACCUUUUAGUUUAUCCCAUCAUAGCACAUUUUGAAGUUCCAAGAUUGACCUCGUCAAAUGCUAGUGCAUCAAUGGCGAAGUAUCUUAUAUCACCAGAAACAAAGCCGAGGCUUGAACUUGCUAUUCAAACAUGGAAAUCACUUUAUGGAUAUCUCAGGGAAGGCUUUGAAUGUUCAACAUCCACCAAUUUCUCAGGGGACCUGUGCAAAUUGAUAAAUAGGUGUCUUGAUGAAAAUGUUGGCAUGUUAGAGAGGGGUACCGAUUUCAAGUUAAGAUGCAAUGACAUAGAUCUUGGUGUUCUUCAUCUAUCUGGCAAUUUCUUGAUACACAUUCUUGAACAAAUUCACACUUUGGAAUUAGUGUCAGAAACAAACCGAAGUAAAUCUGAAUGUGAUAGCAAAAUACUCUACAGUAUAAAGAACUGCCUAACCUUUGCUUCCAAGUAUAUGAAUUUGUUGAGGAUAAAGAUGGUGACAGACCCACUGCCUGGUUUUGUUGGGACAUCAAGGCUAUCUUCUGCAUUGGCACGCUUUAUUAAGUGCCUUCACUGGAAGCAAGAUAUUCUUCUUUUUCUGGAGAUUAUUUCCUGUCCACUACUUCAAUGGCUAUCAAAUAUGGGAAUGCAUGAUGAAAAAACAAACGAUCAACUAAAACUUCUGUGGACUGAAAUUCUUAGCUCCUUAAGAAGAAGUCAACCUCCAUUCCACUUUGGUUCAGCUUUGCUCGAACUUCAUGAACCUCUAUUCGAAAAAACUCUUGACCACCCAUCUCCCUCCAUCUCAGAGACAACCAUAGAAUUUUGGAAUUCUACAUUUGCUCAACAAAUUAUUUUUGAUUUCCCUCCACGUCUGCUUCAUGUCUUGGACAAGCUAUCCCGACAUGGAAAAUUAAAACUUCAAAAUAGAAGCGGAUGGUCUUUUAAAAAAUGUCAUACUCAUGAAGAAGGCGGCAACGCUCUGCAGGGAUACAGAGUCAGUGCAAAACACAACAGGACUUCUAAGAGAGUAGAAUUAAUGUUGGAUACACAAAAGGAGGCGCCUCCUCUGAGUUUUAAAAAGAAGAGGUUGGAACUUACUGAGCAUCAAAAGGAAGUUAGGAGAGCCCAGCAAGGAAGGGAAAGGGAUACUGGUGGACAUGGCCCAGGAAUUAGAACAUACACCAAUGCCGACUUUUCACAAGGGUUUGAUGAUUCACAAGAAAGCUUGGAGAACAUUAGAGAUUCCGAAGCCAUAUUGGAGAUGUUGAGAAAAACUAUCUAAUUGGCUUUUGAGUGUUGUACUAUACACUGACACAACUUAUGGAGGGGUUACAUUUUUGAGUGCCUAAGUUAUUACACCGUCUAAUCAUCACAAUUAUGUAUGAGCAUAAUUUUAGUGAUAAUUAUAAUUAAAAUCAAAGAUUUUUAGUAUUUUAAUGAUUGUGAUAAAUUAACAUUGUAUAUGAAUUAAAUAUUUAUAUUGUACUAAUAGUGUUGAAUUGA